GCAGCCCUUCGGUGCCCGCAGCAGUCCAGCUGCCGAGGGCGUGGGGAGCGGGGGGCGGUGAAAUCACCGCUGUAGAUCCGCCUCUUUCAUUGAUGAAAUUUAAGUUCGUGUGGUUUAACCUUUUCCGGGAGUCUCCAGCUGGCUCUCACUUGUGUCAGGAGCACAGUGUAGGCAGUAGUUCCAGGCAGGCUCAGUCUAACCAAGUUUUCUGUCUCGAAGUGGGGGGGAGCUUUUACUUCUCUCUCUCUCUCUCUCUCUCCCUCCCUCCCUCCUCCUCCCCUCAUUUUGAACCAAUUUUAAUCACUUUGAACAAAUACUCUCUUAAGUGGCUAAAGAUAGGAGAAAGAUCAGAACUCAUCGAUUGUUAAGGAAGAAGAGAGAUCUGUCCCAUAACGUGACUCCUCUUGAAAUUAAAUAUAUAUGUAUGUAUAUAUAUAUAUAUAUUUACAAGCCAGAGUGUUUUAAUAAAGCCCUAAAAUGUCGAGAUUUGUUCAAGAUCUUAGCAAAGCAAUGUCUCAAGAUGGUGCUUCCCAGUUCCAAGAAGUCAUUCGACAAGAGCUAGAAUUAUCUGUAAAGAAAGAACUAGAAAAAAUACUCAAUACAGCACCAUCACAUGAGUUGGAGCACACUAAAAAAGACCUUGAUGGAUUUCGGAAGCUAUUUCAUAGAUUUUUGCAAGAAAAGGGCCCUUCUGUAGAUUGGGGAAAAAUCCAGAGACCUCCAGAAGAUUCGAUUCAGCCCUAUGAAAAGAUAAAGGCCAGGGGCUUACCUGAUAAUAUAUCUUCUGUGCUGAACAAACUGGUGGUGGUGAAACUCAAUGGUGGUUUGGGGACCAGCAUGGGCUGCAAAGGCCCAAAGAGUCUGAUUGGUGUAAGGAAUGAAAAUACCUUUUUGGAUCUGACUGUUCAGCAAAUUGAACAUUUAAACAAAACCUACAAUACAGAUGUUCCUCUUGUUCUAAUGAAUUCUUUCAACACUGAUGAAGAUACAAAGAAAAUACUACAGAAGUACAGUCACUGUCGUGUGAAAAUCUAUACUUUUAAUCAAAGCAGGUACCCAAGGAUUAAUAAGGAAUCUUUACUGCCUGUAGCAAAGGAUGUAUCUUAUUCAGGGGAAAAUACGGAAGCAUGGUAUCCUCCAGGGCAUGGUGAUAUUUAUGCCAGUUUCUACAACUCCGGUUUGCUUGAUACCCUAAUAGAAGAAGGCAAAGAGUAUAUUUUUGUGUCCAACAUAGAUAAUCUGGGUGCCACAGUAGAUCUUUAUAUACUUAAUCAUCUAAUGAAUCCACCCAAUGGAAAACGCUGUGAAUUUGUUAUGGAAGUCACAAAUAAAACACGUGCAGAUGUAAAGGGAGGUACACUCACUCAGUAUGAAGGCAAACUGAGACUGGUAGAAAUUGCUCAAGUGCCAAAAGCACAUGUUGAUGAGUUCAAGUCUGUAUCAAAAUUCAAAAUAUUUAACACAAACAACCUAUGGAUAUCUCUUGCAGCAGUUAAAAGAUUGCAAGAACAGAACUCUAUAGACAUGGAAAUUAUUGUGAAUCCAAAGACUUUAGACGGAGGCCUGAAUGUCAUUCAGUUAGAAACUGCAGUAGGGGCAGCCAUUAAAAGUUUCGAAAACUCCUUAGGCAUUAAUGUUCCUAGAAGCCGUUUUCUGCCUGUCAAAACCACAUCAGAUCUCUUACUUGUGAUGUCAAACCUCUACAGCCUUAAUGCAGGAUCUCUGACGAUGAGUGAAAAGCGGGAAUUUCCUACAGUGCCCUUGGUUAAAUUAGGCAGUUCCUUUACAAAGGUUCAGGAUUAUCUAAGGAGAUUUGAAAGUAUACCGGAUAUGCUUGAAUUGGAUCACCUCACAGUUUCAGGAGAUGUGACUUUCGGCAAGAAUGUCUCUUUAAAGGGAACUGUUAUCAUCAUUGCAAAUCAUGGUGACAGAAUUGACAUCCCACCUGGAGCAGUAUUAGAAAACAAGAUUGUGUCUGGGAAUCUUCGUAUCUUGGACCACUGAAAUGAAAAAUUAUUACCUAUACUUUAUUCUAAUUAUGGGCUAAAUAGUUUCUUACAAUGAAAUGUUCUCUAGCAUUCUAAAAUAAGCAGGUACUUUACUAUGUUACUGUAUCCUGCAGUGUUAAUUUUUUAAAACUUUUCUGCAGUUUGCUUUUAAUCUAAGAAAAGCACAGAUGGAAGCAAUACUUUUCUUCUUUGAAGAGAAUUCUGAAAGUCAGUUCAUCUUGAAGUGCAAUAUUAUUUGAUCUUAAAGCUAGAGCAGCUCUUUUGGAAGAUCUUUUAACAGAGCCCUCAAUGAUGGUCACUUUGAAUUGCUUAUGAUUUAAAAAAUAAAGCUGUGAAGCAAUA